AUGGCAGACCUUCCGAAGUCCAUUGGUUGGAUUGGCCUCGGGCUAAUGGGCAAUCCAAUGAUCAGGAAUCUGUUGAAGAAGGUGUCUGAAGACACUCAAUUCUACAUCCACGAUGUGGUACGGGAGAGCGUCGAAAGACUUGUAGAGGAAGGGAAUGGCAGAGUGCAUGCUUGUGAAAGCAGCGUGGAGGUUGCAGAUAAGUCCGAUCUAAUCAUCAGCAUGCUCCCCGAAGGCCGCCAUGUUAAGUCCGUCUACCUCGACGAAAAAUCCGGCGUCCUCGCUUCCACAUCUCUCCAGAACAAAACCCUCAUCGACUGCUCCACAAUCGACACAGCCUCCAGCCUCGCCGUUCGCGAUGCCUGCCAAUCCCACUCCAACUCCUUAACCCUCAACUUCUACGACGCCCCCGUCAGCGGCGGCGUCGUCGGCGCCGAAAAAGGCACCCUAACAUUCAUGCUCGGCUGCUCCGCCACCGACCCCAACAUCACCUUCCUCACCACCCUCCUCUCCCUCAUGGGCGGCAACAUCUUCCCCUGCGGCGGCGCCUCGCUCGGUCUCACGGCCAAACUCUGCAACAACUACUGCUCGGGCCUCAUCGCCAUCGCCGUCUCGGAGAGCCUGAACAUCGGCAUCAAAAGCGGCAUGGACCCCCGCAUCCUCGCCAACGUCUUUCACACCAGCACCGCCCAGUCCGCCAUCUGCGAUGACUGGUGUCCCGUGCCUGGCCUCACGCCCUCCGCGCCGGCGAGUAACCACUACGCUGGGGGGUUCCGCGUGGAGCUCAUGAAGAAGGAUUUCGCUUUGGCUGUCGAUACUGCGGAGCGGGUUGGGGCGCAGUUGGCAUUGGGGAGGGAGGGGUUGGGGGUUUAUGAGGGGGCGAGUGCGGAUGAGAGGUGUAAAGGGUUGGAUUCGAGGGUUGUGUAUAAGUUCUUGGGUGGGGAGGAGGAGUGGAUGAGUAAGGGAGGUUUUGGGGAGGGGGUGGAGAUGAAGAAAGAUGAGACGAAGAGGUAUAUUCAGCUGGGGAAGGAGGCGGAGAAGGAAGGAAAGAAGGGAAGUUGA